AGUUGGAUGUUUGCUGCCACAGGCCUCUUUGUACGUCUUUGUCCCGAGAAUGUAAAUGUGCGUGCGUUUUGUGUUUGUGCAUGUUUUCUCGUUUCAUGAAGAGAAUGUGGAGAUGUAUUACCAGACACCAGCAUGCUUUCACAUUUUUUCUUUCUCUUUUCGUUUUUUUUACCACUCACACCUUUACUUGUGGUUUACUGAUCUGUAUGCGUGUGCUUUUCUGUUUGUAUGCACCCUUCCAAGUGUAGUUACUGUAAACAUCCUACACUCAGCUGUCAUCACACAGGGCUGGGAGGAGGGUGUUUACUUUGACUGGUUGGAGAGUCCCAUCCGAAAGAGUCUGUGUCAGUCAUAAUGUUACCGAAGUGCCAAAGAGCAUCACCUAAAGUUAUGUGCAUCUUUUGUUGCGGUUCUCUCCAUCUGAAGGCAAUAGCCUUGUUCGUUUAAAUAAAUACAUUAAUAAAGAUUUGUAUUUGAAACUCCCUCCUGUCUAUCAGAAAUCUUUAUGAAAUGUAAACGUACACAAUGACAUUUGAAACUAACGGUAUGUCUGUGUAAAAACAGCUCCCUAGCACAUCAGGUUGGUUAUUUCCAUUUGGUUGUUGAAAGGCGUGAGACGGACUCCAGGCUAACGUGUCCGACAAAUCACUAGAGCAAUACUGUGAGUUGGUUUAAUAUAUUCUCUUAAGACGCAGAUAUGUGUUUCUCGUGCAAUUUUCCAAGUUUCGGAUCAUUCAUGGUAACACUAUAAGCCAUGAAGCUACAAGUCGAUUGCUCGCCACGGACAGUUUCACCUUGCGAAUGUGUAGUAGUUAUACCUCCGAACGGAAGAUGGCGCACCUCAAACUCCCAACACAUUUGCAUCCACCACGGCGGCAAUGAAGGAGAGUUCAUCCGCCAUGUAUAACAUCGCAGAUUCGACAGAAAACAUGGGCAAAAUAAUUAAAAUCAACCAAAUGUAUUAAUUUAAACACUUGAAACCAAAACAAAAUUGUGAUUAAUUAAUGUUAAACUCUUGGAUGUUUUGAUUAUAUCGGGAAAUAAUGGACGCCUCUAAUCCAGGUGUCACAUCAAUAUUCAUGUGCAAAAUCUGCAAUGUGUUUUCGUCAAGUAAAACUGACCUCCUCUCCCAUGUAUCUGAAAUCCAUAACUCUGAGGAAAUUAAUCCAGAUGAUAUUAUAAUCCCCCUCAAGCCUUUAUCCACACAAUCCUCAGAGAUAUCUACAGAUGGCCCCAUCAAGAGGAAAAGAGGAAGGCCUAAGGGUUCCACCAGAAGGGUCUGUUCAGAUAAUGGGGUGUUGGAUUCCGCCAGUGUCAAAACCACACAGAAGGAAAAGCAGAAAAAGAUACCUGAGGUUUCAGUGGACUUGACGGAAGACAACUCUGAGAGCACGUCACUGGAAUGCAAGAGGUGCAAUCGCAAGUUCAGCAACAAGCGCCAAAUCACAAAGCAUAUUUGUUUUGUUGCACUGAAAGAAGACAACGACAAUGAUGCUGCCAAUUCAGAUGUGGUUGCUGAUUCAGAGGCUUCUAUAGAGGACAGGGUGGAUGAAGGAAGUGAGAAAGAGGACAAGUUGCGGACUCCAAAGCGGGCACGAACUCACAACUCAGAAAAAGUCUCUGCAAAAGAGUCAGAGUCUGCAGCUGGACCAGUAAACCCGAUCAUCAGUGUGGUCCUGGCAGCUCAUGAAGCCAUCCCUGGUGCUACCAAGAUUGUGCCUAUUGAGGCUUCUCCUGCAGACAUCAUUCCAUCUGCAGACACAGACCCCGGCUCUCAAGACACAAGCCAGAAGAGGGGCUACCAAGAGUAUGCCAUACAGCAAGCUGCCUAUGAAGUACCACUGAAGUCAAACAGAGUGGGCCAAACUCAGCUCAAGAUCUUCACCUGCGAGUACUGCAACAAGGUCUUCAAAUUCAGACACUCUCUGCAGGCCCACCUUCGAAUUCACACCAACGAGAAGCCAUUCAAGUGCUCGCAGUGUGACUACGCCAGUGCCAUCAAAGCCAAUCUGAGUGUCCACAUGCGCAAGCACACCGGUGAGAAGUUCAGCUGUGAGCACUGCUCCUUCAGCUGCCUGAGUAAGGGUCACCUGAAGGUGCACGUUGAGAGGGUGCACCAGAAGAUUAAACGGCAUUGCCGUUUCUGCAAAAAGAAGUACUCCGACAUCAAAAACCUCCUGAAACACAUACGUGAGACUCACGACAUGACGGACAGGAAAGUGAAGGAAAUCUACGACGAGAAUCGCCUUCAGACAAGAGAGGGCAAGAGGCAGCUUCUCUACGACUGUCAGGUUUGCGAGCGCAAGUUCAAGAACGAGCUCGACCGGGACCGCCACAUGAUGAUCCACGGCACCAAGAGACCCUUUGGCUGUGAACUUUGCGACCACGGCUCCACCAAGCUCCCGGCUCUGCAGGCCCACAUCCGCAAGCACCCCUUCAUCUACGUCUGCGCCAUCUGUCUGCAGAAGUUCGUCAGCUCACUGCGCCUCAAGGCGCACCUUCUGGAGGCUCACGCUGACGUGGAUGAGUCUGCGGGAUUCACCGACUCCAUCCAAAACAGCUUCUGUCUCCUGAAGCCGGGCGAUGACAUUCAACGUGAGAUGCUUAAGCAGGAUGAGCUGCAGAUUACCGAGGAACUGUCCCUUCUCAAUGCCCACGAUGAGGCUCUCAUUCCAGAGUUGGGCAACAUAGAGGAACAGGUGGAACAGGCUCAGAGCUCCGAAGGGUUAACUACGGAGGAUGACCUUUUGGUGCAGCAGACACAGGACGCUCUCAUUUCCCCAGAUGGAAGUGUAGUAGACUCGGAUGGAACUGUAAUAAACUCUUGUGUCGUCCAGGAAACCAAGGUGGUCACAGACCAGGAAGUAAUCAGCGAGGAAACACAAGAGCAGUUACAGCUGCAGGAAAACCAACCUCCGCUGCGAUGCAGUGACACGAACGUCUCGACUGAUGCCGAAGAGGUUCUGCCCGUGCCUUUGGAAAACAGUGCGGAGGAUGCAAAUAACGAUGGGACCUUCAGCAGCCCAUCUCUGAUGUCAGGGGAGACGAACACUCCCUCAGAGGCGUCACAGUCUCAGGCUGAGAUGUCUGAAGUCCAAGUGGACACUGUCCCUAAUCAAGAGGAGGAUGUGAAGUGGGUACCUAAUGAGGAAAUUACAUCUUUCAGGCAAAUCAUAGACCAAAUGCAGAAGAAACAACUGACCAUGGAAUUGUUUGAGAGAAUCAGGAAAGUGUAUGGCGAUCUGGAGUGUGAAUACUGUGGUAAGCUGUAUUGGUACCAGGUCCACUAUAACACGCAUGUGCGGACACAUACACGGGAGCAUCUGCAUUACUGUACCCAGUGCAGCUAUUCCUCCAUCACCAAAAACUGCCUGAAGCGCCAUGUCAUUCAGAAACACAGCAAUAUCCUACUGAAGUGUCCAGAGGAGGGGUGUCAAUAUUGCACUCCUGACAAGUACAAGCUACAGGCCCAUCAAAAAACCCAUUCGGACAAGGACAAAAGAGUUUUAGCAUGCCCAGUUUGUGAAGAGACAGUGGCAGAGGACAAAAUAAAGUCUCACCUCAAAACCCGCCAUCCAGAUGCACCUUUGGACUCAAUAUUUGAAUCUUUGGGUAUCAGUGGUGAGACUAAAGGCAAGAUUGGCAAGAAGGCUUCCAAGUGCCCUUACUGUGACCGUUUCUUCAAGAGGAAUGGAGCUGACCUGCAACAGCACAUAUGGGCUCAUGAAGGUGUGAAACCCUUCAAAUGCUCAAUCUGUGACUACGCCUCGCGUAGCAAGAGCAACCUCAAGGCACACAUGAACCGGCACAACUCAGAAAAGACCCACCUGUGCGACCUGUGUGGGAAGAAGUUCAAAUCCAAGUGCAGUCUGAAGAGUCACAAGCUCAUGCACACGGCUGAUGGAAAACAGUUCAAAUGCACAGAAUGUGACUACAUGGCGGUGCAGAAACCGCAGCUGCUACGUCAUAUGGAGCAACAUGCAUCUUUCAAGCCAUUCCGGUGUGCGCAUUGCCAUUACUCCUGCAACAUAUCUGGCUCCUUGAAGCGACAUUACCACAAGAAGCACCCCAACGAGCAGUACUGUAAUGCAGGGUCUGGAACUACUACUUCUGACUCAGUAAUAGAACAAGGAGGCUUUAAGUGUCCCGUGUGCAACUAUGUUUAUGGAACUAAAUGGGAGAUGAACAGGCACCUGAAGAACAAACAUGGCCUCAAGGUGGUGGAGAGUGACAGCCAUGCGCUGGGUCAGUGGGAGGUGGUGGAGUCAUUGGAGGAGCAAUCCACUCAGUUCCUUCACAUCACAGAGACUGAAGACUCACAGGGGACUGAGGAAGCUGUGACCGCCUUGCAAGACCUGCAUUUUACCACACAGAAUGGAGUUGUGUCUGCUACCACCGCUGAAGGACUAGACCCUGCAGCAGUGAACAUUCUGCAGCAGAUCAUUGAACUUGGGUCUGAGAACACUGAUGGCACCGUGGCGUCUGUCGUUGCCAUGGCACCGGGAACAGUCACCGUAGUGGAACAGGUGGGUGAGGAGGAGCAGCAAGCUGACCACGCCAUGAUAAUCCAGGAUGCGCUGCAGCAAGCUUCGGUGGGGAUGGGGGAAGAGCACCAUCUUGUGGUGUCUUCUGAUGACAUGGAAGGCAUUAAGACGGUGACGGUGUACACUCAGGGAGAGGACGCGUCACAGUUCAUCGUUUAUGUACAGACUGACGAACAGAUGACGGAGGCUCUAUGACAGAACCUCGUUGGUUUGUGUGUGUUAGGGAUAUGUUGUCAUGCUAUUAUUACUUCCAGCCAAGUUUCCUGUGUAUCUAUUCUCAGCCUUGCGAUUUUCAGUCAGUUCCUUUUGAGCCUCAUCAUAUGACCUUGAUAAAUUCAAAUCAAAUGUAUAUAAGUGUAAAAUUGAUAGCUUUCAUACCUUUUAUUGCAGGAUCUUCAGUUCAAUCGUUAUAGAUGUUUUAGGGUAUUUUCUACUGCACCAGCCAAAAAUCUUACAAGGAAACAGACAUUAUAUGAAGCAACUAAAGAGCUCUGCAAAUGCUUAAGCAGCGUAUUUUUAACAAUACAUUGAUUGUACAUUGGCCUUUGUUUAUGACACAACGCCUUUUUGUAAAUAAACUCUAUGCACCCUAA